AUGGACACAAAAGAAGAGGCUGAACCUAAUAAUGAGGAUAGGCCCACAUCGCCAAUGUGGGUCCUGCAGCAGUUAUCUGAAGGGGCAUUCAGAGUUGCUGGGGAAGCAUUGCAAAGUAUGUACUCUGGUGGUGGCGGGUCAAGCAUGCCCCCAAUGGGACCUGGUGUACAUAGACGCUGUCAAAGUGAACUUGUUACUAAAGGAUUUCAACGUAGUAAAAGCUUUCAGAAGUUAAAAUCUCAUGUCAACAAGGCUUUGCGGUGGGGUGGCAAAUCCAGUGAAGAAGGCUCCCUGGCAUAUUUCAACCCUGAGGUCAUGGCAGACCAGAAACGUCAGUGGUAUCAGCUUCAUCCCAAAACUCUGGAUUGUCUAAAUUAUAAGGAGCCAACCUCGCUCUUUGAACAUUUUGUGAUUGUGGGGCUGCCUCCAGAUGCUAAUUUGGAUGUCGUGGAGCAUGCAUUUGUAAGAAGGAAGAAAUGGGAAAAGGAGAAGGAAAAUUCUGAAAUUCUAUAUUACAAAAUGCUGCAGCAACAAAGGUUGCCAGAACCAACUUUGGAACCUCAGAUACUUUUCAAAUAUCCUCCUGCAAAGAAGCUAACAAUGCGUAUGAAGGAUUUAGCCUCCUUUUGCUUUCCUGAUGGUGUUAAGGCUUGGUUGUUGGAGAGGACUCCAUCUUUAAGUGACCUAAAUGAACUUGUCUAUAAACAGGAGCAUUUAGGCAGAGAUGAUCUAUCAUUUAUCUUUACGCUCAAGGUAAUUUUUCUUUUUCUGUUGACAUCCCUCAUGCGCGUUGAUCAGGCAGAAGACAAUGCAACACUUUAUGGAGUUUGCUUACAUGUGCCCGAAAUUGUUCAGAGGCCCCCUGGUAUCUUAGUUUCUCCUCCGUCUGGGUUAUGCAGCCGUUUUCUGGUUUCUGCACCUCGCUGUUACUGUCUUCUGACUAGAGUUCCUUUCUUUGAGUUACACUUUGAGAUGUUAAACAGUCUCAUUGCACAGGAGCGUCUGAAUCGGGUAACUCAGUUUGUAAAUGAGAUGACUCUCACUGGUUGCUUUCCAUCAACACCCAAACUAGAUGAUCAAAUGAAUUCAAACGCUUACUCCCCAGAGAGGGAGUCAUUUAGUGACUGGAUGGCUUGUGCAAUACCUCUUGAAGGUGCAGCAGUCAUUACUGCUGCUGCUGCUGGGAUUAUAUCUGAUGAUGAAAUCCCACAGUCAUCACCCAAAAUAUGGGAUUCUCACUGCCCAUCUCCUAUAAGUGUGACUGCCAGUGAUGCUUCAGAUUCUUGUCAAGUUAGGGAUAUAGAUAAGGAUGGCAGGAAGAAUCUGCCAGAUCAUGAUAAUUGUGCUUUUGAGGCACCAGAAACUCAUGAUUCCAUGGAAAAAAUGUAUGGAAAUUGUGAAAGUGACCAAGUUUCUCCCAGUCCUGGAACACCCUUUUCUGCUCGGAGUCGUGCAUUGGAGCGUCUUGGAAGUUCUGAGUCACUUUUCAGUCCAGUUAGAAGCAUGGCAUCGGAAGAUGAGGAUGAUUUCUUUUCAAACAAUGAGAGAGACUAUGGGGAUGAAUUUUUAAUGGAAUGGGCUAUGGAGAAUAAGAAUGAUUUGCUACAAAUAGUGUGUAGAUAUCAUGCUCAACCUAUUCCACCUCGAGGAAGCGAAUUUGUGUUCCACCCUCUUGAACAUCUACAAGCUAUUCAGUAUAUAAGACAUUCAGUUGGUGCUCUUGGCUUUAGCAAAAACUUUUUAGAUUGUUCUGAACCGGCCCAGGUCGAGAUGAAGUUGGCAGCUGCUGAGGAAGCCCUUGCAUUAUCAAUAUGGACAACAGCAACUACUUGUCGAGUUCUUUCCCUUGAUAGUGUGUUGACAUUAGUUGCAGGAGUGUUGUUGGAAAAACAGGUGGUAGUAGUGUGCCCAAAUCUGGGUGUUCUAUCUGCCACAGUGCUAUCUCUUGUUCCCCUUAUUCGUCCAUUUCAGUGGCAGAGUUUAUUGCUUCCGGUUUUACCAGGGAGAAUGAUUGAUUUUCUUGAUGCCCCAGUUCCAUAUAUUGUUGGCAUACAACAUCCACCAGAUGAUUUGAAUAGGAAAACAAAUAAUCUUGUUCAGGUUAAUGUACUGAAGGAUCAGGCAAAAAUGUGUCAUUUGCCAAGACUUCCACAGCAUAAAGAGCUUGUCUCUCAGUUGGGUCCAAUUCAUGCCAGACUUUCAAGUGAAAGUUCAAUUGCUAGAAAGCAUCCUGUACAUAGGUGCAACGAAGUCCAGGCUGAAGCUGCAACUCAGUUUUUAAAUGUCAUGUGGCACUAUAUGGAGUCACUUUGUUCAAAUCUGAAAUCCCAUACGAUAACUAGUGUACAAUCAAAUAAUGACAGGGUUUCUUUACUUCUUAAAGAUAGCUUCAUUGAUUCCUUUCCAAUUAGGGACCAGCCAUUCAUUAAGCUAUUUGUAGAUACACAGCUCUUCACUGUUUUGUCAGACUCUCGUCUAUCAAGCUUUGAGAGUGGCGAGUCAUAGCCCUCUGUCACAUUGCAAUAGAUCUGUUAUACAUGGUUGUAGGCAGUGAAGAAGAUAUAGUUCUUAAUUUCAUUGGUGUUCACCUCCAAUCCAGAUGAAAAUUUGCUAACCCUAGAAUCCAAUGUUUGGAAUGACAAACAGUGAGUUGGUAUGUGGGUUAUAAAAUUUUGUAUCAAGUUGAUAGUAAUAGACUGCAAAUGCUCUAUACUGAGUCACUGGUGCUGACCCAGAGGAAAGAAUCAGUGUCCCUAUUUUUUAUUGAGGGAUAUGUUCUUGGGUUUAGCUGCUCAUAUUUUAUAACUGACUUCUUGUGAGUACAGAUUUCCCCAUCA